AUGUCCAUCCUGCAUGAUUCCUCACUUGUUCGACCUCAGUGUCAUGUCAAGGGCAAACCCCGAUCUCUGGAGACGUCAAAUAGACCCCGUCGCUCCGUCCUCAAGUCCGUUUCUCUUCCCUCGCUGUCGGCCGUCGUCAAAAACUCGUUGACAUGGGCGGGGGACACGUGGGGCUCCUAUGGGAAUGGACAGUCCCCAAAAGAACGCAGACUGCGUGCUGCCGUGGAUGAGCGAAAGGAAGCUUUGUACCUCAAGAAGCGCAAUGCUGUGACGUAUGAAGAAUGGCGAGACGCUGCGAGUGAACUGGAUGAGUUGGAGAAUAACUCUGCCUGGAAGCAAACGUUUGAGUGUCCCGACUAUGACCCUCAUCUCGUGCUCGAUCGUCUCAAGCAGCUGGACGAUGCCCGGAUUAACUGUGAUAUCAGUCGCAUGUUGUUCCUUAUCCGCACGUCUCUGAGCCGCGAUUUGGGCAACAUGAGCAACGCGUCUCUCUACAAGCAUGCUCAUCUCGGGACUAAGAACCUCAUCGAUCAAUACAUUGAUACCGCUCUGGAAACAAUAUUAUCGUUGGUUGAACUAGCAGAUCGAAACCGGUGCGAUGUGGUGGAAUCAAGGUAUAUUCUGGACCAGUUGCUCGCCGCGAGACAGGCUUUCGGACGCAGUGCGCUGCUGUUCUCCGGGGGAGCCACUUUUGGCAUGAAUCAUAUUGGGGUACUCAAGGCUCUAUGGCAAGCUAACCUUCUCCCGCGAAUCAUCUCUGGCGCGUCUGCGGGCAGUAUUGUGUGUGCGGUCUUCUGUACUCGUACUGAGGAUGAACUGCCGGCUCUGCUGGAUUCAUUUACAGAAGGGGAUUUUGCUGUUUUCGGGGAAGGGACUGAAGAAGAUACUAUUCUUCAGAAGACAGCGAGAUUCUUGAAAUAUGGUUCGUUCCUGGACAUCUCUCAUCUAGCCAAGGUGGUAAGAAAUUGGUUGGGCGAUAUCACCUUUCAGGAGGCAUAUAACCGAACACGACGCAUCCUCAACAUUUGCGUUUCCAGUGCUGGCAUCUACGAGCUACCCAAAUUAUUGAACUACAUUACGGCGCCUAAUGUGUUGAUCUGGUCUGCUGUGGCCGUCUCAUGUUCCGUCCCGGUUGUCUUCUCGCCUUACGCCCUCAUGGCUAAGGACCCACUAACGGGAGAACCAGUUCCAUGGAGCGACCUUCAUAGGCAAUACAUCGACGGCUCCGUGGACGGUGAUCUCCCUAUGACUCGUCUGUCAGAGAUGUUCAACGUCAACCACUUCAUCGUGUCGCAGGUCAAUCCCCAUGUUGUUCCAUUCCUUCCCAAGGAUGAUGGGCCAGAUCCAUAUCUAGAAAACACAUUUACCGCUUCUCGCUGGCUCCGGGCUAUCACCUAUCUUGCCAAGGAUGAAAUUCUCCAUCGGAUGACAGUCAUGUCCGAGCUGGGGAUCUUCCCAACGUCUUUGACUAAAACAGUUUCGAUUGUAAACCAGAAAUAUUCCGGAGAUAUCAACAUAUAUCCGGAAAUACAAUAUUCUCGGAUUCCCGUAAUGUUACGCAAUCCGACCACGGAAUUUAUGCUUGAAGCAUGCCUAAGCGGCGAGCGUGCCACAUGGCCUAAGCUUGGGCGAAUUCGCAACCACUGCGCCAUUGAGUUGGCCCUGGACUUGGCCAUUCAGAAAAUGCGGGCCCGAGUGGCUUUCUCCCCGAGUCGCGUCCACGCGAGAACAGAUAACAUUACCGGCCAUUCGAUCGAAUCUCUCGACAGCAGCGGUGGCCGAGGACGCUUAUUGAAUCGGAGAAGCUCCUAUAAUCAUGAAAUUGAAAAAAUCAAACAGGCCCGGAAUGAUGCGGGUCGACGGACAAGACCAUUCUUGCAACGAUCCCGCAGCGUAUUGCUAUCCGAACAAACGCACCGCAUCGACUCUGUGGCCUCAGCCAGACUGGACCAAGCAGUUCAACGACGCCGUCAAAACAAUCUUAGUCAACCUUUCAACAUCGACGAUGGAUCUUAUAGUCCUUCUUCUGGGAGCGACGAAUAUAGUGAGGAAGCCUCCCCUCGGACCCGCGUCCCGCUAGAGCGACAUGUUUCAUGGGACCCGUCAUCAUCUGACGACCCGCCUUCCGACGAGGCGACUCCUCACAGCAGCACACAGUCACCGCAUCCAUCUUCUCCCAUACAUAUUGGACGAGUGGCUUCCCAGCGGGCCCCUGUUUGGACUCCCGAUCUAUCCGCUCACGCGCUGCCAACAACACCUGAGCCAUCGUUUCCGCCUUCACCUCACCACCUUCGAAUGACGCCCAAGGCCUAUGUCUCCAAUCCCACUUCCCGUAACUUUUACAACUGA